GUGUGUAAAUUGGAAACGCGACGGUUUAGGGCAGGGGCAGUGUCGUCGUCGCCGUCGUCUUCGUCGCGGAGAAAAAUGUUAACGGCUGAUGUACCACCGAAUCAGUCAAUCUACAUAAAGAAUAUCAAUGAGAAGGUCAAUAAAGAAGAGCUGAAGAGAUCUCUUUACUGUUUGUUCUCUCACUUUGGAAGGAUACAUGAUGUGGUUGCUUUAAAGACACCUAAGCUCCGGGGACAAGCAUGGGUUGUCUUCACUGAAGUCACAGCCGCUAGUAAUGCUGUCCGUCAGAUGCAAAACUUUCCCUUCUAUGAUAAGCCAAUGCGGAUACAAUAUGCAAAAUCAAAGUCAGAUUGUGUUACUAAAGCCGAAGGGACUUUUGUCCCGAAAGAAAAGAAGAUAAUGCAAGAAGAGAAAGUUGAAAGGAGGCAACAUGCUGAAGAAACUCAACAACCAAGCAUGCCUAAUGGCGCAACCGCUGUGAAUGGAAGGCCUGUGCCGAGUGGGCAAGACACGGUUCCACCAAACAACAUACUCUUCAUUCAGAAUCUUCCCAUUGAGACGACUGGCAUGAUGCUUCAGAUGCUGUUUGAGCAAUACCCAGGAUUCAAGGAGAUAAGAACGAUCGAAGCAAAACCCGGAAUUGCGUUUGUGGAGUUUGGAGACGAUGUUCAAUCUUCUAUGGCGAUGCAGGCUCUUCAGGGUUUCAAGAUCACUCCACCGAAUCCAAUGGUAAUCUCUUUUGCCAAGAAGUGAAAACCAGAGGUUUGUCUACCUUUGAACGAACAAAUGCUAUGCGGAUGAAUGGUAGUGGUAUACUAAUUUGCGGCUGUUUAAAAGCAAAAGGUCGUAUCAUGCAUGUUUUGGACCUUUGGUUCAAUUCCGGUUAGUGGUUUGAAGGACCUAGAUAAAGCUUUUCGACCAGAAUGUAAUGAGAUUCGAAAAAAUUAGCGAGGUUGGUAGAAAAUCGCAUUUUAAAUGCCUUUUUA